GUGAUGUGUCCAGCUGUUACAUUGCGUAAACCAGGAUGGCACCCACUGCCGUGCAGCCACAGCCUGAGGUGUCGCCAGAGACAGCAGCCGCCCGCGGCCAGCAUCCUGGUAUCAAUGCCAUCCUGCUGGGCCCGCCUGGCUCUGGCAAAGGCACACAGGCCCCACUGCUGCAGAAGAGCUAUGGGGUGUGCCACCUCUCCACAGGUGACAUGCUGCGUGCUGAGGUGGCCUCAGGCUCCAAGCUGGGUCAGGAGCUCAAAGCGGUCAUGGAUGCAGGUAAACUGGUGAGCGACGAACUGGUGGUGAGCCUCAUCGACUCCAACCUGGACUCGGCGCCGUGCGCGCGCGGCUUCCUGCUGGACGGCUUCCCGCGCACGGUGGUGCAGGCGGAGAAGCUGGACUCGCUGCUGGAGACGCGCCGCCGGCCGCUGGACUCGGUGGUAGAGUUCAGCAUCGACGACUCGCUGCUGGUGCGCCGCAUCACGGGCCGGCUCAUCCACCGCGCUUCGGGCCGCAGCUACCACGAAGAGUUCCACCCACCCAGGGUGCCCAUGACCGACGACGUGACCGGCGAGCCGUUGAUGCGGCGGUCCGACGAUAACGCCGAGGCGCUGAAGAAGCGACUCGCCUCCUACCACAAGCAGACCAAACCACUCUGUGACUACUACAGUGGCAAAGGUCUCCUUGCCACUGUGGACGCCUCACAGAAGCCCGACGCCGUCUUUGCCAAUAUCAAUAAGAUAUUUGAAAGCGCCAAAUGUAAGGAUCUAGUUAUGUUUGUUUAAACGAGCGUUCACCGCUCGGCUGGGUCGCGCUUCUGAGUGACCGGAGCCGGCGGUAGUCACUCUCCUCAGGACGCCCGCCGCCGGCGGCGCCCCCAGCCGGCCGGGCUGGCGCGGCACGACCGUCCUCGCUGCACAGCCGGCUCGAGGAGGUGCAUAAUGUCUGGGGCAAUAGUCGACCCAACUACCUGAUAGAAGGGGAUUUUCGGGCCUUUUAUCUGGUGCGUCUUUUAUACAACUGUUGCGUUUGGCAUGUUGUGGAAUGCCUGCAGUCACCUUUGAGGAGAAGAAUAGAUCGGGUAAUAAACAAAAGUUACGCAGGG